AUGGUAUCUCCUACUUCAACAAUAAGCAACAUCUCUCCUCCACUAAUCACUCCUCAUGCUUCCCCACCUAUACAUACCCAAGUACGACGAUCUUCCUCCACUUCAACCGGAACCACCAGCACAAAAACUAGCGAGAGCAAUAUGUUAAGUCCUGAGGAGAGAAUAUCCAAGUUACUAUCGACGAUCUCAUCAGUCUUGGUCGCCUACUCUAAAUCUCUCAAUACCUCUCCGAGAUAUAUGAAUUCUUUGAUCGAAUUCUUUCAUAGAGCAAUAUCGCUCUGUCCUGAUCCCAAGGCGGUACCUCAACUACCUACUCUUCCAUCUAGUACUCUCUCUUCGGGAUCUAAUGGGAGUAGUUCAAAUACUCCAUUCUCUGCUAUACUGCUUCAAUCUCAUCCUCCGUUGACUCAUAACAAUGGGGAUCACCAUAAUCACAACACUAGACGAAACAGCGGUCAUAAUAAUCUCAUAGACACACAUCAGCACUUAGCGGAAGAUAAUACCAAGAGCCAACAUAUACACCCUCGCAAGGUUGAAAGCGAUUUGAGGGGGGAGUUAGAAGGGUUAGAAGAGAAAGUUCGGAGAUUGGAGAAGGAUCGGUGGACAAGUGAGAUCGUAGCAGCAUGGUAA